UGCCUCCCUUCCUGGUUGACCUCAUUCCCCAUCACCUGCCCAGGCUCACCAUCAGGCCACCCCACCCCCACAAAAGGAUGGCUGUGAGGCUCUUAUGGAUGGGGCUUGCCCUGCUUGGGAUAGCACAGGUCCAGGGCCAGGCCCGGCCCCAGAUCCCUGCUCCGAGCCUGCACAGAGUCCCUCUGCAGAUUAACUUCCUACCAGAGGAGUUCCAAGGGACCUGGUACGUUGUUGGCCUGUCAGGAAAUGCCUUUAGAAGGGCCGAAGAUGCUCAGUCGAAGAUGUAUACCACGACCUACGAACUACAAGGAGACAACAGCUAUAAGGUCACCUCUAGAUUACUCAGGGGUGAUCGAUGUGACACAUUUGUGAGGACUUUUGUUCAGAAGGGUCAGCCGGGCCAGUUCACCUUGGGCAACAUCGAAAGUUAUCAAUUGCAGGAUUACGUAGUGAGAGUGAUGACAACCAACUAUAAUGAGUACGCCAUGGUGUAUUUCAAGAAGACGGUGGAUAACACUGACUACUUCAAGAUCACUCUGUAUGGGAGAAGUGAGGAUCUGAGACCUGAACUAAAAGAAGGCUUCGUAAGAUUAUCCAAAUCAAUGGGACUCACUUCUGACAACAUUAUUUUCCCAGUAAAAGUCGAAGAGUGCAUUCAUGUGAAGGCCUGAGCAAGACAACUGGAGACAUGUUUUCAUCCAGCCUCUGACUGAUUCCACAACCUGAGAUCCCCUCAUCUAUUCCCCCUUUCAAUUGAAUGUAGUGGAAGAAUAAAAAGUGUCAAGUACCAA